AUGAGACAAGCUCCACGGGACCCGGGCGGUCAGCAACAAGAGGAAGCUCAACCCAACCAGCGACGCAAUAUGUCCACUGAAGCCCACAUACACGCACUCGCUGCGUGGACGCUGGCCGCUCUGAUGCUGUGCGGCACAGGGGCUCCUCUGACAGAGGCCCCCAGUGCCCUUCCAUUGGGUGUGGAGGAGAUGGAGCACUCGGACCCAACCAGCUCAUCCCCAGUUUGGGAUUCUGUUAUUCGCGCAGCAAAACACCACAAGGAAACAUUUGAAGAUGAAUUCCCAAAUAAAGACUGGUAUCCUCAUGUACUGGAGAACUACAGAGUGACAUCGCUUCCGGCAAAAUGCCCUAACGUCAACUUCAGCAAGGAGGCUUGUCUUCACCGCAUGGCCCAAGGUUUGUCCUUCUACACAAGUCUUCUGAAACACGUGGAGAAGGCGUAUCCCAGCAGUGUAAUGCUGUUUGAGGCCAAACGCAACACCGGACUCAUACUCAGUUUCAUUAGACAAAAGAUGAAGAAACCAGACCAGGUCACAAGUCUGAGCAGUAGCGAGGAAGAAACCCUGCUGAGUCUGCUGCGUAACGAUGAUACUUUCCACAGUAAAAUGACGGCGCACAGCAUCCUGCGGGAGCUCUACAUUUUUCUGAUGGAUGGAAAGCGGGCGCUGGCCCGUAAAGAGAGGCGGAGGGGAAGCGCUGCCAUCAAUGGCGGGGUGUCCCUGCUUGUCUAGAUCCUUUGGUCUAAUGCACUCCGGUCAUGAUACCAGCUGUGAAGGGAAGUUGUGCAAAAAAAAAAAAAAUUGAAUUGAAUGAGGUCAAUUUGAGGAAGUUCUUCCCGAGGUUUCGUAAUUCAUUGACUGAAUGAUGAUGACAUGACUUUCUCAAUGACGCACUAAGACACGUCUU